AUGGAAGAAGAAAAGAGUGAUACAUCAAUUGUUGUCACAAACAACGCCACCAACAAGGAAGUCUCCGAUAGCAACAGCACAAGCCUCCAUUUGAUCACCAAGAAGCGCAAAAGAGCACCCGAAAUCGGCACGACUUCUCCGCCAACAGCAAGAUUCAAAGGCGUGGUUGUCCAAUCCAACGGGCAUUGGGGUGCACAGAUCUAUGCUCAUGAUAGGAUAUGGUUGGGAACCUUCAAAUCCCAAGUAGAGGCAGCAAUGGCGUACGAUAGCGCCGCCAUCAAACUUCGCAACGGAGACGCACAGCGGAAUUUCCCGUGGACUAGCAUCACGGUGGAAGAGCCAGGUUUCCAGAGCCAAUUCAGUACGGUGCAAGUUUUGGCCAUGAUCAAGGACGGUUCUUACCCGGCCAAAUUCGCCGAGUAUUUGAGGAAAAACUCGAAAACCCUACAGCUCGUCCGGAUUUCAGGAGGGCUAACUAGUCCUGAUGAUUUAGGGUUGGUGUCCAAGCUGUUGUUCCAGAAGGAGCUUACUCCUAGCGAUGUCGGGAAGCUGAAUCGCCUUGUCAUCCCGAAAAGAUUCGCGAUGAUGCAUUUCCCUCAGAUUUCGAGGGAUGUGCUUGAGAAGGAGCGCAAUGGUAUGGUGGAUGACACGGAAAUGGAGUUUUUUGAUAGGUCAAUGAAGUCAUGGAAGUUUAGGUAUUGUUAUUGGAAGAGUAGCCAAAGUUUUGUAUUUACAAGGGGAUGGAAUAGGUUUGUUAGGGAUAAGGGUUUAAGAGCAAAUGACAGGGUAGUUUUCUUACAUGGCGAGUAUAAAGACGUUGCCGGGUCGGAAGAAGAUUCCAAUCACCGUGAUCAUCUUCUUCUUCCUGAGUUGGAAUUAGGUCUUGGUCCGGUGAUUCCUAAGCAGGGUCUAAGACUCUUUGGUGUCCAAAUCAUUUGA